CCUGCCGUGUGCAUAUCCAUGUGAGUGAAAAACUGAUAAUUAGUGACAUUGACUUAGUUUGUAGGAGUUUAAACUACAAUCCAGACUGUUGAAUUGCUGGCUUUGCAGCAGUGGCGUGUCAUUGCGGUUGAAAUACGUUACGGAUUAAUCUCUUAGCGACAAGCAUCCAUGCAGCGCUGUCUGACUCUGACUCUUGCCCGGCACAGCAGGCUCCUUCUGAAAAAUAAAUUUGCUUCUCUUCACUGUCGUCCUUCAGCAGCGAUGUCGAGCCUUCUUAUCAACCAGCCCAAAUACUCGUGGCUGAAAGAGCUGGGUUUGUUCGAGGAUAACCCUGGUGUUUACAAUGGGAGCUGGGGCGGCAGCGGUGAGGUCGUCACAUCAUACUGCCCUGCCAAUAAUGAGCCGAUCGCCAGAGUAACUCAGGCAACUUUGGCAGAGUAUGAAGAAACGGUCCAGAAGACGAGGGAAGCUUGGAAGGUGUGGGCGGAUAUUCCAGCUCCUAAAAGAGGCGAGAUUGUGAGGCAGAUUGGCGAUGCACUGAGAAAGAAGAUCAAUGUGCUUGGAAGUCUGGUGUCUCUAGAAAUGGGCAAGAUCUAUGUGGAGGGAGUGGGUGAAGUUCAAGAGUAUGUUGAUGUUUGUGAUUAUGCUGUUGGUUUGUCUAGAAUGAUUGGUGGACCCAUUCUUCCUUCAGAAAGACCAGGACAUGCUCUCCUUGAACAGUGGAACCCAGUUGGUCUUGUCGGCAUCAUCACUGCCUUUAACUUCCCUGUGGCUGUUUAUGGCUGGAACAAUGCCAUCGCUCUGACCUGUGGCAACGUCUGUCUUUGGAAAGGUGCCCCAACUACUCCCCUCACAAGUGUUGCAGUCACCAAGAUUGUGGCAGAGGUGCUGGAGAAGAACAACCUGCCAGGAGCUAUCUGCUCCAUGACCUGUGGUGGGGCUGAUAUCGGCACUGCCAUGGCAAGAGAUGAGCGUGUGGAUCUGUUGUCUUUCACUGGCAGCACUCAUGUUGGUAAGAUUGUGGCCAUGAUGGUGCAGGAGAGGUUUGGACGAAAGCUCCUGGAGCUUGGUGGAAACAAUGCCAUCAUUGUAUUUGAAGAUGCAGAUCUGAACCUUGUGGUGCCCUCUGCUGUCUUUGCUUCUGUGGGAACUGCUGGCCAACGCUGCACCACGACCAGGAGGCUGAUGCUGCAUGAAAGCAUCCAUGACACAGUUGUGGAGAGAAUAUCCAAAGCCUACAAACAAAUUCGCAUAGGAGAUCCCUGGGACCCCAGCACCCUCUAUGGCCCUCUGCACACCCAACAAGCUGUGGAGCAAUAUCUGGCUGCUGUUGAGCAGGCCAAGAAGCAGGGUGGCACUGUGGUUUGUGGAGGAAAGGUGAUGGACCGUCCAGGAAACUACGUGGAACCCACCAUCGUCACAGGACUGGCUCACAACGCACCCAUCGUCCACACCGAAACUUUUGUCCCCAUCCUGUACGUCCUCAAGUUCAAGACGGAAGAGGAGGCGUUCGCAUGGAACAAUGAAGUCAAGCAGGGUCUAUCCAGCAGCAUCUUUACCAAAGAUAUGGGAAGAGUCUUCCGUUGGCUCGGGCCCAAAGGAUCCGACUGCGGAAUUGUGAAUGUCAAUAUUCCUACAAGUGGAGCUGAGAUUGGAGGAGCCUUUGGUGGAGAGAAGCACACAGGUGGUGGAAGGGAGUCGGGCAGCGACUCGUGGAAGCAGUAUAUGAGGCGCUCGACGUGCACGAUAAACUACAGCAAAGAUCUGCCUCUGGCCCAGGGCAUCAAGUUUGAGUGAAGAUGUCAAAAAGGGCAAAGCUAAAGAGAAGAUAUGAAGAUUUAUGACAGCGUUUUGCAUUAAAAUAGGUAAUUUCAAAUUCAACAAAACCUUGAAAUAAUUGUAGAUCAUGAUUUGGUUGUGGUUAUAGUCCUGGAGUUAAAAUUGUUGUAGAUGUUUUCUGUUAAAGGUCAGAUCUUGUCUCAAAAUCUUCAUGUACAAUUUUCUACAACUUUUAAUUCAGCUUGGAAGCUUAAUGACUGUCCUUUAUACUGUAAAAAUCAAUAAAUGUCACUUUAUUUUGAAAAGAAA